AUGGAGAAAAAGAGCGAGAUCAACGGGCAUGCCAUGCCCAGCUCGGCCUCUACCGACCGGAUCCUGGAGAAGAGGGCGCAGAGGAGCUUCAGGGAGAAGCUGGUGGAGUUUCUGAGAAAGAACCUGCUGGUGAUCAUGACGGUGUCCGGGGUGCUGGUGGGCGUCGGGCUCGGGAUGAUGGUCCGCAACAUGAACCUGACCAAGGCGCAGAUGACCUACUUCGCCUUCCCCGGAGAGAUGCUCCUCCGGAUGCUGAAGAUGAUCAUCCUGCCCUUGGUCGUCUGCAGCCUCAUAUCCGGCGCCGCCAGCCUGGACACCCGCUCCCUGGGCAAGUUGGGGGGCAUCGCGGUCGCCUACUUUCUUGUGACCACGCUGAUCGCCUCGGGGAUCGGGGUGGCCCUGGCCUUCAUCAUCAAACCCGGCGUGGGCGCAGGAGCCCUGAACACCAACAGCCUGGGACUGGAGAGCGUCAGCAGCAACAAGGAGACCACUGACUCGUUUUUAGACCUGGCCAGGAAUUUAUUCCCAGCGAACUUGGUAGCUGCUGCUUUCCGUUCUUAUGCCACUGGCUACAAGAUGGUUGCUGUAGGGAACGACACCAAUGGGACCACCCUCUAUCAAAAGGUGCCUGUUGGUACAGAAAUAGAUGGCAUGAACAUCCUGGGUCUGGUGUUAUUUGCCAUGGUGUUUGGCGUGGCACUGAGGAAGCUGGGAGAUGAGGGGGAGGAACUAAUUCGUUUCUUCAAUGCUUUCAACGAGGCCACCAUGGUGCUGGUGUCUUGGAUCAUGUGGUAUGUCCCUUUUGGCAUCAUGUUCCUUGUGGGAAGUAAGAUUGUAGAGAUGGAGGAUGUGAUUCUUCUGGUUACUAGUCUGGGAAAGUACAUCUUUGCUUCAAUCCUGGGCCACAUUAUCCACGGAGGCAUCGUCCUGCCCCUCAUCUACUUCGCCUUCACGCGCAAGAACCCCUUCAGUUUCCUGGCAGGCCUUAUCACGCCUUUCACCACUGCCUUCGCCACCUGCUCCAGUUCAGCAACUCUUCCGUCUAUGAUAAAAUGUGUGGAGGAGAACAACGGCGUGGACAAACGCAUCAGCCGCUUCAUCCUUCCCAUCGGGGCCACUGUUAACAUGGAUGGGGCGGCCAUAUUCCAGUGCAUCGCCGCUGUCUUCAUCGCUCAGCUCAACAAUGCUGAGCUGAACGCUGGACAGAUCUUCACCAUCCUGGUGACAGCCACAGCCUCAAGUGUCGGUGCGGCAGGUAUCCCAGCAGGCGGCAUCAUUACCAUAGCAAUCAUCCUGGAAGCCAUCGGCCUGCCGACCAACGACCUGUCCCUCAUGCUGGCUGUUGACUGGAUUGUGGAUCGUACCACCACAGUGGUGAAUGUGGAGGGCGACGCUCUGGGAGCUGGAAUCCUCCACCACAUCAACCAGCGGGAGAUGAAGAAGCAGCAGGAGCAGCAGCAGCAGGAAGGGGAACUGGCCGAAGUCCGAGUGGAGGCGGUGGCCAAUGUCCACGCGGAGGAGGAGACCUCGCCGCUCGUCACGCACCAAACCAAAGCCUUAGAUGCCAUGCCAGAAGCUAUCGAGUCUGUCCUGUGAACUCAGCAAGACUUUUUUUCUUGCUCCCUGACCUUUGGAUACUUCUGACGUUGCUGCUGACACCAUUCUGACUUAGUGUCCAUUCAAAAAACAAGUUCACUGAUGGUUUCACUUGUGAGGAGAAGUCCCAUCCUAACCGUGCAGAGCACUGACAGUCUACAGUACACCUAGUGCUUCUGUUGUGCUUUUGUAAUUUGGUCACAUGGGCUUGUGCCUCAAUAACUGGGUUUCCAUCGAAGCAUUUUAAUCCAAAUUAGGAUAUGAUGAAUUUAACAAUUAUUGAUUUUGAAAAAAA